CUGGCCACGGCCCUCUCGGCCGUCAACGCCGCCUACACGGGCUUCAACUACGGCUCGACCUUUACCAACGGCCAGCCCAAGGCCCAGACCGACUUCGAGGCCGAGUUUAAGACGGCCGCCGGCCUCGACGGCACCGACGGCGCCUUCACCUCGGCCCGCCUCUACACCAUGAUCCAGGCCGGCACCGCAAACACGCCCAUCUCCGCCAUCCCCGCCGCCCUCAGCACCAAGACCAGCCUGCUCCUCGGCCUGUGGGCGUCCGGCGGCGACGCCGCCUUCGCCAACGAAAUGGCCGCCCUCAAGAGCACAAUCAGCCAGUACUGCGACCAGAACCUGGGCGACCUCGUCGCCGGCAUCUCCGUCGGCAGCGAGGACCUCUACCGCAUCACGCCCACGGGCAUCGCCUCCCACGCCGGCGACGGCGCCCAGCCGGGCACGCUCGUCAACUACAUUGGCCAGGUCCGCGACGCCAUCAAGGGCUCGUGCCUGGCGGACGUGCCCAUCGGCCACGUCGACACCUGGAACGCCUGGGUGCUCGACUCCAACAAGCCCGUCGUCGACGCCGUCGACUGGCUCGGCAUGGACACGUACCCUUACUACGAGAACACCAACGAAAACUCCAUCACCAACGCCAAAUCCCUCUACGAGGCCGCCCUCACCAAGAUCCAGAACGCAGGGCCCGGAAAGCCCGUCUGGGUCACCGAGACCGGCUGGCCCGUCAACGGGCCCAAGUCUGGCGCUGCUGUUGCUUCGACGGCCAACGCCCGCGAGUACUGGCUGCAGGUUGGCUGCCCCAACUUUGGCAAGGUCAAUGUCUGGUGGUACACGCUGCAGGAUGCCGCGCCGGAUGCGCCCAACCCCAGCUUUGGCGUCAUUGGCAGCCAGCUGACGGAGAAGCCGCUGUAUGACCUGUCUUGCAAGGACACCACUGCUGUUGCGACUGUGACUACCGGCUCCGAGCAGACCACGGUUUCCGAGGUCCAGACUACCGUCCAGACCACCAGCUUCCCCGCCAUCACUGCUCCCACAUCCGUCGUCGUCAUCGUCCCCACGACCUUGUCUUCUGCUCCCUUCCCCAGUUCCAACAGCACUGCGAUCGGCGGCGGCUCCCCCUCUGCGUCUGCUCCUGGAUCCAGCCCCAGCUCGCCUUCCACGACUAACAUUCCUGGAAGCAGCGGUAGCAAGCUGAGCUCUUUCGGAGCGGCUGCUGCUGCUAUUGCUGUGGCUGCCAUUGCUUUGUAA